AUGUUCAGAACGUAGUUUGAACUGGAUCAUAACAUGUGCGCGGGUGCGUAUGUGGCAGUGAUGUGCGUGCGAGAGUCAUGAUAACUUAGCUGUCAACCACACAAAAAAGAUGGAAGGAGCUGCCCAGAAGUUGAACCUGUCGGCUUCGCCUCACCGCCGCAAGAGGACGGAGGACGAGGUUGUGCCUUCCUCAGGGUUCUGCGGAGUUCUGCACCGAUCUCCUCCCCCGCCACCCCCAGCGCUGCUCAGGAGAAUAGGGGUCAAGGAGGUCACUGGGGUCGGGAAGGUGAAGGUGAUGCUGCGGGUGGCUGGUGACGCCCAGAGCUCCGUCGAAGACUCUUCCUCCUUCUUCAGCGUGGACAAGCGUCGCAAGCAGAUCACACUGUUUGACCCUGCGCUGUGUGGAGGUCCUUCUGCGCCAGAAGACCGCAGGGUCGGCGUUGCGGCGCCCAAAAUGUUCGCCUUCGACUCCAUCUUCACUCAUGAAGAUUCGCAGGCGGAAGUGUGCUCAUCCGCACUGACUGACAUCAUUCAUGCAGUUAUAAAUGGUUCUGACGGCUGCCUCUUCUGUUUUGGACACGCUAAACUUGGUAAGACCCAGACGAUGCUCGGCACCCCAGACUCCGCCUCUAGUCUAGGGAUCAUCCCCAGCUCCAUCUCGUGGUUGUUCCGUGGCAUUGCUGAACAGAAACAGAAGACAGGUGCCAGGUUCUCUGUUAGAGUAUCAGCUGUGGAGAUCUCCCAACAGCUGAAAGACCUGCUGGUGGGACAUGCUAAUGAGUGUGAGCAGUCGCCCGGUGUGUAUCUCCGAGACGAUCCUCUGCAGCUGCAGAACUACAGCGAGCUGAGGGCGCCCACUGCAGAGAAGGCCGCCUUCUACCUGGACAGCGCCCUGGCCGCCCGGGCGCCCCAGACACACUUCCUGUACACCCUACACAUCUACCAGUACAGCGUCGCCACCAAGGGCGCUGUUGCUGGUGGCCGCAGCCGGCUACACCUGAUUGACCUGGGCAGCUGUGAACGAAGCAAGCUAACUGGUGGGCUCAGUCUUGGAGGGAUCGGCAAUGUUCUUCUCGGCAUUUUCAAUGGCCAGAAACAUCUGCCCCACAGAGAACACAAACUGACUCAAGUGUUGAAGGAGUGUCUGUCAUCCCUUACAUGUCACGUAGGGAUGAUAGCUCACGUAUCACCAUCCGCCCAGAACUACUCUGACACCCUGGGAACUGUCCAACUGGCCUCCAGGGUGCACAGGAUACGAAGGAGAAGAAUCAAGUUCACCGGAGGAAAUUCCGGCAUGGUUGCUGGCGAGGAUGUGAACCGAGGUACUACAAGUAGCGAAGUGGAUCCUUCAAGCAGCGAACAGUCAGCGGAUACUGUGAUAUAUGUUGGUCCUUCAGAUGAAACCGACGGAGAACAUCCACCUGUGUACCUGCCAAGCCUCAACUCCGAAGACAACCGCUGUGCUAUGGGGAAGGCUCUGAGGGGAAGCGGUGUGGAGCCUAAAGGCCACGAGAGAGGAAUCAGACCCAACAUAUCAAGAUCAGUUCCAGCAUCCCCUCAGCGAAUGUGUCAAGAACUGUCACAAGUGAACGGCUCUCACGAAGAUAGAUCUUCUCCUCACAGGGUGGGAAAACUGGGAAAAUCAGGACUUGCGAGUUCGAAGUCAUCACCUUCACGGUCUGUUAGUAAAGCCAAGGAAGUAAAGACUCCGAAAUUGAAUGGAACACAUACUCCAGAAGAAAGAUGGGUCGAUGGUCCCAGAAUAGCUAAAUCUAAAGUAGUUGAAGCGAGGAACCUCCACAUGAUGCAAAAAGAUGGACCGCAUAAACUCGCAAAGAAAGAAAUGUGGGUGGAUGGUCCGUUGAAUGCAGAAAACGGUUUGAGCUACGGCUUCAUGGACUAUCACAAGAAAAGUAUGAUCAGAAAGUGGGUUGAGAACCAGGCUGUGCAGUUGCAGAAACAUAAGUCAAUGGCGAGGGAUAAGACACCGCCUAGAAGGUAUCUGGCCAACUUCAAGACCUGUUCGGAUGAAGGUAGGGACUCUAGUGACGGCACUUGUGGAGUCAGAGGUCAGGCUAGUGGACAAGAAGAUGAGGAGGAUCAAGAAGAAGUUGUUCCUGCUUUACAUCAAACCUCCAUUGCUGCAAGGAAUGGAGAAAUCGGCAGAGUUGUUCCAAUCGAGAGGCUGCAAGGAACGAAUUAUGAGGAGGAGGAAGAGGAUGAACAAAUUGAAGUUGAAAUCAUAGAGAUGGAGGAGCCAGCUCAACUAGUUGCAAUGCAAGAUUCAUGCCUUCAGGUAACAGAGGAGGAUAUUGCACUGUGUAUGGGAGAGGCUGAGAAUCCUCUGCCUGAGGUCGACCAAGAGGAACAUCCUCUGAGGAUCUUGAGUCAGGAGAAUUUAACAGUUGUGUCAACUUUCACAGAUUCCCUUUCGAUUGCAAAUGACCUUGAAAGGUUGUUUCCUAGAGGUCCAGGAUUUUUCCAUCACACAACAUGGCUGAAAAAUCAGUCCAUGGAAAUUCACAACGGUAAAGCCAUGGACCAGGACCCUUGCCGCACACCUGUUCUGACACGCAAGCAGCAGGACCUGUGUAUGCCCCAGCAUGUUGAGACACGUUUGUUCUCUCGUUGUCAGUCACUAUCUCUGUCGGACAUGUUGGCGCAGGAUCACCACCAUCUCCAUAAUGGAGGAGACUUUGACACCAGCAGCAUCGUUAGCGAGCCUGCCUAUUGUCCGGGGGACGAUAAAAAGUCGGGAAAGGUGUGCUUCAACUGCAAGGGUAGUUUGACAAACGGCAUGCUGUACGACACCUCUCACUUUAGCCACCUGACUCGCAGUAUCUCAUCCCUAAGACAUCCUGAUGGAGCUUCAAACCCCAACUUGCAAGAGGAGAGGUGCGAGAGAGCCCCUGGGAACGGUGCCGAGUGUGGAGGGAGGAGCUUAGGGGAGGAGGAUGACGAACUUAGAGUUCCUCCACCCUUGAAAAGCUCCCUACUGACUCUCUCUAGAGAAGGGUUUGUCUGCAGUAAAAUGAAGAACGGUGACAGCAGUGGGUACGUAAGUGGCACACAACCAGAUAGUCAAUCCCAGUCCAGCAUACACGACCCCGGAGGAGCAAGUCUCCAGUAUUGCCACCCCGAUGUGGAGAGACUAGAAAGAGGCUGGAGCGAGGCUAACAGACUCAGAGAACUCAGGCGAGAACAGAGGAUACUCAAGGCUGAGCUAGCCUCGGCCAAGGCUCGGCUACUGGUGCCUCAAGACAGAUGGAGCUACGAACGUGAUGCACGUGGAGGACAGCUGGCAGAACUGGGACGACCCACACAGUUUUCUGGAAGCUCUACAUCAAGAAACUGUCAUCCUGCGCAAGAGAGUUGAUGCCUGCAAGUCUCACGUUCUGGUAGUCACAUGUUUCGACCACAAGCCUCCAGCCCAGUCAUGACCAAGCUUUCUAUCAACCCUGUGGUCUUGUUUUGACGUUAAAAUUUGAAUUUUCCUCAACUAGUUUUCUAGUUUUCUACUAAGCAUUCAAACACUCCCUGAAAUCCUAGUACAGUAGUCCAGUUGGCACUGGAUAAUUCAACACUGUUUGGCACACUCAGUAAUAAGUAACCUGUGCACUUUCAGAUUUUUUUGUUUACCCUAUAAACAUAGCAUUCGGAGAAAUUCUGCCCAAACUGAAUUAUUUCCACGGCUAUUAGAAUGGUUAGUUUCCAAGCAUAGACAAUUCUGGAUCAACCAUCAACUUCCAAUCUUUCAUUGUGUAAUACAUUUUUGUCUAUGCCAGUAGCAUUUUGAUUAACAUCAACGUGGCUUAAAUGUGCUUAUGAAAGCGGUCUAAACCCAUUAAAGUUUUAUGGAUGAGCAGGGAAUUGAACCCGUCCCUCCCGCACCUAAGUCGAGACGAUACCCACUAGGCUAAAAAAUACAACCAAUUAAAACUGUAUUGGAUAACUAAUGAUGCACUUAAAAAAGGCUAUAUAAACUGUAUAAAAAGUCCAGGAUUAAGACAGUUUCUUUUGAUAAAAUUAAAAGAUAAAAAAUAAUGUGUUUUAUGUUAACUUUCAAUGGCUUAUAGGUCAAUCAUAAUAUUGCUUUUGGCAAUCCUUUAUUAAGGGUAAUGCAAAAUUCCUCCAGUCUUGUUGAAAGUGUUGGAUUAUUGUGUGUCUACUACCUACUACUGUACAGUGUUAUUCUUUAGCUUUUUUACCAUUGUCAGGUAAGUAAUUUUGGAUAUGUCGAAGUGUGAUAAAUGGGAAAAUGAAUAAAUGGCUAAGCUCAAUUUUGCUAACUGUGUAAAUAAAUAAUAGUUAUAUAAUUUCAACAGUUUCAAAAGAACCUAUUUACACAUUUUAAAAUUUAGAAGUUACUACAGACAUAAUUGUAAAUUAUCUUAAAUCUAAUAAAAUGUAAUCAGAAACAUUUUAGAGGCAUUAAUCAAUCAUUGAAAAUUUCUCUUUGAGUUUAGGAAUCGAUCAAACAAUUUCAGUUUGACAGCAUCUUGAAAUUAAAUCAAAAUUAAACUAUGCUUUAUAGAGGAAAGAAAGUGUACGAUAAAAUAAACCGAAGAACAAUGAUACAGGGUUGGUAGAAGGUAUAAAUAUAAUAUAAAUUAGAUUAAGGUGUAAAACUCUAUUUAUUAUUGUUUAAACUUGUAAAGAAUAAGCUUUUAUACAGUGUUGUUAUUUUGAGCUUAAAGCGUUUGUUUCAGAAUGCCUAAAACAUUCUGCUUUGUUAUUAUUGCCAAAAAUUCUGUUAAUAUAUGUUAGACGAGUAGUAACUUAUGAUAAAUCACUAUUUUACAACAUAUUGAGUGUACUGUUUAUAUUUUGAAUAUUACUUUUAUCUUUGUAUAUGCCCAUAGACUACUAGUUCUUUUUCACUUGGAACAAAGAAACAAAAACGAAAGUUUUCAAAAGUAUAUAGUUAUAGGCCUACUUUUCUAUACUUUAUUUUAUAAUGUAAGUAGUUAAAUGGUGUCUUUCAAAUUAAAAUUACUAGCACAUAUUUGACCCAAUUCAGGGAAAAAAAUAAGUUCGUGAAUUAAACACUAUAGAUGAGUUACAUAAUGGAUUUCAUAUUAGUCACUUACUUAAAAGUAAAAAAUAACUGUUAAAUUACUUCAUCAAUGUAAAAUAAAUGGAAAAGGUAUUAAGAAAUUAGUAAAGUUUCAUUAUGAUAUUUAUAUUUAAUAUUUUUAUUAGAUAAGUUUUAAUAAAGUUACCUGAUGUCUAAUCAAAAUGAGGAAUUGUAUUUCGUAUAUAUUUAAAUCAUGCAACGAGAUUUUAUAAACUGAAUUUUAUACAUAUUCACGGUUACAAUCAAUAUAGUGCCGAAGUUUACUAAGCAAUGAAUUUUAUAAAUAAUUAAAACCAUCCGAAUUGUAUAAUGAGUAUUUAUAAGUCAAGACCAAUUACACUAAGUCUAUUAAACUGUUCUUCCAAGCCUUUGUCUCCCGCUAUCUCAA